AAAAACAACAUUCUUGCAUUUUAUUUCCAUCACUUGAGAUAAUUUUAGGUCUAAAAGGGUUAAGGAUGUGAAAACAGUAAUGAGUGAGCUGUGAGUCAUUUAAUUUUUGUGUGUUAAACUGUUGUGUAGAAAUUGUGGCUAAAACAUAUACAUCAAGCAUUAUUGAUAGUGCGGCACUAAUUUAGUUAGUAAUAUUGUUCAAGCUGAUUCAAUAAAUAUAUUUGUUUUUUUAAUAAGAAAGCUUUAUCUAAGAGGCGCGGAACCAAUGUAACCCUGGUGUUUCCAGUCGGAUCUUACACGGACUGUGCGGUCAGUGCAGGAUUAGCUUCACUGCGGGUUAUUUCUCAGCUGAAUGCGCUGUUUAACGCUUUCGUUUCGAUUUUAUUAGAUAUUUACUAGCACAGAGCUGUAAGAGUAGUUUCACUGUGCUGGGUAAAGUGAAGUAAGGCUGUGGUUUGUGAGGUGAGUGUGUCUGCUAACGCGUUAGCCACCGCGCUGUUUCAGCUCCUUGUCAAACAGGAGAAUUUGAGGACAGAGGUUAGCGAGCUGCCUAGGUUUGGCUGUUAAAAAUGAGGUAAAUAUUACAGGUUGGACAGUGAUUACCGUUGGCGUGUAUUAAUGGGACAUGCUCUGGGUUUAAUUCUCACUUUUCCUCAGUGUCGUGUAGUUAACCGUUGUAUCAACAUGUAUGAAUAAUUCAAUUCUACACAAUAAGUUAGAUGCUUUUAAAAGGAUCAAGCAAUGAAGGAAGUUCUGCGCAGACUCCACAGCGGCUUUCUGAAGCUGAUUCUUUUCCCGAGCACGUUCAGGAAUACUCGUCCCCGUCCUCCUGCUUCUGAAGUGCUAACCUGCCACCUCACCCAGCGCAGACUCCCGCCCUGGACCUCCUUCUGCGUGCGCUACAGCGCGGUGCUGAAUGACCAGUUCGGCCUGUCUAACUUCAACUGGCAGGUCCAGGGAGCCAACUACCACAUCCUCAGAACUGGAGCCUUCCCCUUCAUCAAGUACCACUGCACCAAAGCACCUCCACACAACCUAGACUUCGAGAACAAGUUCUUCAACAUGCUGAAGCUCAUUAACCUGGGUAUUCCAUGUCUGGCGUACGGCCUAGGCUCAUGGAUGGUGGCGCGGGUACCAGAGACUGUGCAAACUUCAGCCGGCCCGGUCACUGUUUAUUUUGCAUAUAAGGAGGUAGACGGUGCUCAAUUUUAAUGGUAGAUUCCAUCUUGUAUUGUUUCUGUAAGGGAAAAACAACAAUAAUAAAUGGCUUACUGAUUUCAGUGUUAUGCAAAUUACUGUAUUUUUGUUACUUUUUCUGAGUAAGUGUUUGAAGUGCUAUAAUAAAGCUGUAAUAUAAUUUUCAA